AUGUCUCGAUUUUUCCGUGGUGGAGAGGACAGCUCCAGUGACAGCUCCUCUGAUGAGGAAGAGCUCUACUCCGAGGAGGAGCAGGAGCAGGAGCUCGGCCAGAAUGAUUCCGAAGGUUCUGACGACAUGGACGACUCUGAUAUGAGUGACGAGGAGACCUCCAGCGAUGACGAAGCCGGUGGUGCCAACCGUUUCUUGAGGGAUGCCGCUUCAGAUAGCGAGAGUGAAGAGGAGGAAGUCCGAGCCAAAGUGAAGAGUGCCAAGGACAAACAGCGCGACGAACUUGACGCCUCCAUCAAGCAGAUUGAGAACGGCCAGAAGAACGGUGACUGGACAUUGAUUUCUGCUGAAUUCGACAAACUCAGCAGACAGGUUGUCCGCCUGCAAGAUGGCGGCAAGACACCGAAGCCUUAUAUCCGAAUCGUCGCCGAGUUGGAGGAUUUCAUGAACGAGGCUUUGGCCAAGGCAAAAGUUACACCCAAGAAGAUGAACGCCAUCCAGGCCCGUAACCUGAAUGCCGUCAAGCAAAAGAUCAAGAAGGCCAGCAAGGAGUACCAGACUGAAGUGAAUGCUUACAGAGAAGACAAGGAUGGCUUCAUGGAGUCUGAAGAUGAGGAACCUGAGCCGGUCAAGCCAAAGAAAGUUGCCAGAUUUCAGGAGGAGACCGCGCAACCCGAAGAGCUUGGCGACGAUGGCUUUGCUACCGUUGGCAAGGGUGGUCGUACUCUCCAGUAUACCCCAGAGAGUAUCUUCAAACACCUGCGUGGCGUCAUGGAAACUCGUGGAAAGAAGAACACCGAUCGCGUUGAGCAGAUCAAGGUGAUGGAGAAGCUCGGCGAGAUUGCUAACACUCCCUACCAGCAGAUCCGUGUUCUGCUGGCUAUCGUUUCCGCCAGAUUCGAUCUAAGCGCUGGUACAUCCAAUGUGAUGCCUUUGGAACACUGGAAAGCUGCAGAAAAGGAGCUUUCCACUCUUAUAACUGUUCUUGAGAACAACAAGGACUAUGUCGUUGUUGAGAAUGUUGAGGAGUGGGAUGAUGAUGAGAAGGCCCCUGCUCUUCAGCCUGGCGAGAAAUACAUCAAGGUUGCUGGUAGUGUCGUCUCGUAUGUUGAGAGACUGGAUGAUGAGCUCGUCCGAUCCCUUCAAAGCAUUGAUCCUCAUACUUCUGAGUACAUUGAACGUCUCCAAGAUGAGGGUGCCCUGUACAACAUCAUCGUCCGCGGCCAACUGUACUAUGAGUACUUGCGCAAGGAUCCUGCCCUCGAGAUCCCUCAAGACAGCGUGAAUAGAAUCGUCAUGAGACGACUGGAGCAUGUCUACUUCAAGCCUGCCCAAGUCAUCAAGACAUUCGAGGAGAACUGCUGGAAGGCUGCUGGUGACAAGGUCGACUCUGUCAUCACCCCCCGCAGCCAGUCCAGUGACGCCAACAAUUUGGUCAUCGUUCUUUGCAACUACCUGUUCAGCAACAGUGACGGCAUCAUCCGAGCCCGAGCCAUGUUAUGCCAGGUCUACUUCCUCGCACUGCAUGGCGAGUACUACAAUGCCCGCGACAUGAUGCUCAUGUCCCACUUGCAGGACACCAUUCCCAACUUCGAUGUCCUAACCCAGAUCCUUUACAACCGAACUCUGGUCCAGGUUGGUCUUUGCGCCUUCCGCAAAGGACUCGUUUAUGACGCCCAGAACACCCUUCAGGAGAUUUGUGGCAGCGGUCGCCAGAAGGAGCUGCUCGCUCAAGGUGUAAUGAUGCAGAGAUACAGCCAGGUGUCGCCUGAACAGGAGCGCCUAGAGAAGCAGCGCCAGCUACCGUUCCACAUGCACAUUAACCUCGAACUCCUCGAGUGUGUGUACUUGACCUGCAGCAUGCUUCUGGAGAUCCCCCUGCUAGCCCAGACGGGAUCUUCACCUGACGUCAAGAAGCGUGUCAUCAGCAAGACCUACAGACGCAUGCUCGAGUACCACGAGAGACAAAUUUUCACCGGCCCUCCUGAGAACACGAGAGACCACGUCAUGCAGGCCUCCAAGGCUCUUGCUGCUGGCGAGUGGAAGAAGUCAACGACUUUCAUCCACAGCAUCAAGAUUUGGGAGCUGAUGCCCAAUGCCGAGGAUAUCAAGACUAUGCUUUCCAAGCAGAUCCAGGAAGAAGGCCUCCGCACCUACCUGUUCACAUACGCCCCCUUCUAUGACACUCUCGCUCUCGACACUGUAAGCGCCAUGUUUGAGCUGGACAUUGCCAAGGUCGCCGCCAUUGUCAGCAAAAUGAUCAGCCACGAGGAGUUGGCCGCUUCUCUCGACCAGGUCACCAACAACGUCAUCUUCCGCAAGGGCGUCGAGCUUAGCCGCCUGCAGUCCUUGGCUCUCACACUGUCAGACAAGGCCAGCGCGCUCAUCGAGACCAACGAGCGAACUCUGGAACAGCGGACCCAAGGCACAUCCAACGCCUUCGAGCGGCAAGGGGGCCGAGGCCGCGGUGGCCAACGGGGCGGCCAACGAGGAGGACGCGGCGGUGCCCGCACCGGUGGCCACACUCAGAGGCAAGCUGGCGGUACUCAGUUCACUGGUGGUGCUUUGGGAGCUGCUGUUCGGGGUUGA